GCACAAGCAGAGAUCGACCCAGUGGUUGGCCGGGAUCGCUUACCUACCUUUGAAGACAGAAUGUCACUACCAUAUCUAUGUGUUUUUGUAGGCGUCCCACAUGCCACCACGAGUGAUGAUACAUAUAAUGGCUAUUCCAUACCGAAAGGUCUGUUAUUCUUAUUCACUGAGUAC